GUGAUGCUGGAACAGAUGCAGGGUCUGAUGCACCUGGAGUUGGCCGGUUGUAAUGACUUCACGGAGGCCGGCCUGUGGUCCAGCCUGAAUGCACGGCUCACCUCGCUCAGCGUCAGCGACUGUAUCAACGUGGCAGACGACGCUAUCGCUGCCAUCUCACAGCUACUGCCCAACCUGUCAGAGCUCAACCUACAGGCCUACCACGUAACCGACACAGCCAUGGCCUACUUCACAGCCAAACAGGUAGGGUUACAAUCCUACACACUUAUAGAGAGCACACAGGCGCAGGUACAGGUACACACACACACACACCUUCCCUUUUCCCUCUCUCUUCGUCCCCCUUUGUGGGCCCGUGGAUCAAUCCACACCCGCCUCCGCCUCCCCCUAAAAAAGGAACUCAGUCGGGGUCUCAACUUACUGUUGAGAGUUAAAAUAGUAGGAUACACAAGGUGCAAUUUCUAAAUGUGGUUGUGCAUCAGCAGUUAUUUUCUUGUUAUGUCAGUCACUGACAGUCACUCAAUUAGCCCAUGUCAGCUCCAUUUAGAUUACACCCUACUAUACUACACAUUACUAUACUACACACUACUAUACUACACACUACUAUACUACACCCUACUAUACUACACACUACUAUACCACACCCUACUAUACUACACAUUACUAUUCUACACACUACUAUACUACACACCACUAUACUACACACUACUAUACUACACACCACUAUACUACACAUUAAUAUACUAAACACUACUAUACUACACACUACUAUACUACACCCUACUAUACUACACACUACUAUACUACACACUACUAUACUACACACUACUAUACUACACACUACUAUACUACACACUACUAUACUACACACUACUAUACGUUAGUCUAGCGGCCAGCUAUCUAAACUUGUUGUAAGCAUGGUUAAUUACCGGCCGGGGGUCCCCCAUUGAUCAUCAAAUAUCAUAUUAAAAUCGGCAAACAUGUGUCUCCACCCUUUGGCAAAAUGUGUAGAAUUGCAGAAAACUUGCUUUAAAACUGCUAUAUUUUCUCUACGCCACAUGGCAAAAUGUGUAGAAUUGCAGCAAACAUGCUUUAAAACUGCUACAUUUUCUCUACGCCACAUGACAAAAUGUGUAGAAUUGCAGCAAACUUGCUUUAAAACUGCUAAAUGUUUUGCUCGCAAGGUGGGGGGGGGGCACCAAAAGACUAGGUCCUCUCAUGAUGAGUUCAGAUUACUGUGGUCCCUCAUGAUGAGUUCAGAUUACUGUGGUCCCUCAUGAUGAAUUCAGAUUACUGUGGUCCCUUAUGAUGAGUUCAGAUUACUGUGGUCCCUCAUGAUGAAUUCAGAUUACUGUGGUCCCUCAUGAUGAGUUCAGAUUACUGUGGUCCCUCAUGAUGAAUUCAGAUUACUGUGGUCCCUUAUGAUGAGUUCAGAUUACUGUGGUCCCUUAUGAUGAGUUCAGAUUACUGUGGUCCCUCAUGAUGAAUUCAGAUUACUGUGGUCCCUUAUGAUGAGUUCAGAUUACUGUGGUCCCUUAUGAUGAGUUCAGAUUACUGUGGUCCCUCAUGAUGAAUUCAGAUUACUGUGGUCCCUCAUGAUGAGUUCAGAUUAAUGUGGUCCCUCAUGAUGAAUUCACAUUACUGUGGUCCCUCAUGAUGAGUUCAGAUUACUGUGGUCCCUCAUGAUGAGUUCAGAUUACUGUGGUCCCUCAAUAUGUUUUCAGAUGUAGGAGAUAUACUCCUAAACCUCUCUCUCCUCUCUCUCUCUCUCUCUCUCUCUCUCUCUCUCUCUCUCUCUCUCUCUCUCUCUCUCCUCUCUCUCUCUCCCCCUCCAUCCCCCUCAGGGCUACACUACUCACACGCUGCGUCUCCACUCGUGUUGGGAGAUCACCAACCAUGGUGUGGUUAACAUGGUCCACAGCCUGCCCAACCUCACGGCUCUGAGCCUGUCAGGCUGCUCUAAAAUUACUGAUGACGGGGUGGAGCUGGUAGCAGAGAACCUGAGGAAGCUGCGGAGCCUGGACCUCUCCUGGUGCCCACGCAUCACUGACAUGGCCCUGGAGUACAUCGCCUGUGACCUCCACAAAUUAGAGGAGCUGGUACUGGACAGGUGAGAGUGUGGUAUAGUAGUGUGGUGUAUAGUAGUGUGUAGUAUAGUAGGGUGGAGUAUAGUAGGGUGGAGUAUAGUAGGGUGUAGUAUAGUAGGGUGUACAGUAUAGGGCGGCGCACAAUUGGUCCAGCGUUGUCCAAGGUAGGGGAGGGUUUGGCCGGCAGGGAUGUGGGUUCGUUUAACACGGGGGGCCAGUAUGAAAAAAAAAAAAAUGUAAGUCGCUCUGGAUAAGAGCGUCUGCUAAAUGACUAAAAUGUAAAUGUAAAAUGUGUAGUAUAGUAGGGUGGAGUACAGUAGGGUGGGGUAUAGUGGGGUGUAGUAUAGUAGGGUGUAGUAUAGCAGGGUGUAGUAUAAUAGUGCAUAUUAUAGUAGGGUGUAGUAUGGUAGGGUGUAGUAUAGUAGUGUGGUGUAUAGUAUUGUGUAGUAUAGUAGGGUGUAGUAUAUUAGGGUGUAGUAUAAUAGGGCAUAUUAUAGUAGGGUGGAGUAUAGCAGGGUGGAGUAUGGUAGGGUGUAGUAUAGUAUAGUAGGGUGUAGUAUAGUAGUGUGGUGUAUAGUAGUGUGUAGUAUAGUAGGAUGUAGUAUAGUAGGGUGUAGUAUAGUAGGGUGUAGUAUAAUAGUGCAUAUUAUAGUAGGGUAGAGUAUAGUAGGGUGGAGUAUGGUAGGGUGGAGUAUAGUAGGGUGUAGUAUAGUAGGGUGGAGUAUAGUAGGGUGCAGUAUAGUAGAGUGUAGUAUAGUAUGGUGUAGUAUAGUAGUGUGUAGCAUAGUAUGAUGUUGUAUAGUAGAGUGUAGCAUAGUAGGGUGUAGUAUAGUAUAGUAUGGUAUAGUAUGAUGUAGUAUAGUAGAUUGUAGUAUAGCAUGGUGUAGUAUAUUGUAGUAUAGUAUGAUGUAGUAUAGUAGAGUGUGUGGUGUAGUAUAGUAGUGUGUAGUAUAGUAGGGUGUAGUAUAGUAUUGUGUGGUAUAGUAGGAUGUAGUAUAGUAGUGUGUAGUAUAGUAGUGUGUGGUAUAGUAGGGUGUAGUAUAGUAGAGUGUGGUAUAGUAGUGUGUAGUAUAGUAAAGUGUGGUAUAGUAUGGUAUUGUGUAGUAUAGUAUGAUGUAGUAUAGUAGAGUGUAGUAUAGUAGGGUGUAGUAUAUUAGGGUGUAGUAUGUAGGGUAUAGGGUGUAGUAUAGUAGGGGUGUAGCUAUAUGUAGGGUGUGUAUAUUAUGGUCUGUAGUUUGUGAGUAUAGUAGUGUGUAGGUUAGCUAGUGUGUAGCUAUAGCUAGAGUGUGGUAUUUUAUGUAGGGCCUUGUUGUAAUAUAGUAGAGUGUGGUUUGUAGGGUAGUGCUGUAGUCUAGUAUGAGUUGUGGUAUAGCUAGGGUGUUAGUAUCGUAGGGUUUAGGGGUGAAGUGUGUGGUAUAGAAGUCAGGGAUUUGCUGAGUAAAGGCCUAUACUACAUUAUUUCAGAAAGAAAACCAGUAUAGUAUGAAAAGUAUAAUUAUGGUCUCUCUCUCUGUCUCUCUCUCUCUCUCUUCUCUCCUCUCCACUCUUCUCUCUCUCUCUCUCUCCUUCUCUUCGCUUCUCUCUCUCUGCUCCUCUCUCUCUCUCUCUCUCUCCCUCCUCACUCUUCCUCUCUCUCUCUCCCUCUCUCUCCCGCUGUCUCUCUCCAGAUGUGUGAGGAUUACAGAUACAGGUCUAGGUUACCUGUCCACCAUGUCUUCUUUGAGGAGUCUGUACCUGCGAUGGUGCUGUCAGGUAAACUACACACUAGACCCUUAGACCAGGGAUCAUCAACUAGAUUCAGCAUAAUUACAAAUAAUUAGUAGACUGCAAGUUGACCUCAAGAAGCCUAAACAGAUAUAAUAUUGGACUAAAACAGAAUCAUUUGAAACCUUUGUAAGAAGUUUAUUAGGUACACCCAUCUAGUACCUUGCCAGUUUAUUAGGUACACCCAUCUAGUACCUGGCCAGUUUAUUAGGUACACCCAUCUAGUACCUGGCCAGUUUAUUAGGUACACCCAUCUAGUACCGGGCCAGUUUAUUAGGUACACCCAUCUAGUACCGGUCCAGUUUAUUAGGUACACCCAUCUAGUACCUGGUCGGACCCUUUGCUUCCAGAACAGCCUGAAUUCUUUGGGGCAUGGAAACAUUGCUCAAUUGGUGUCAAGGGACCUAACAUGUGCCAGGAAAACAUUUCCCACACCAUUACACCAUCGUCACCAGCCUGUACCGUUGACACCAGGUAGGAUGGGGCCAUGGACUCACGCUGCUUAAGCCAAUCCUGACCCUGCCAUCAGCAUGACGCAACAGGAACUGGGAUUCGUCGGACCAGGUGAUGUUUUUCCACUCUUCAAUUGUCCAGUGUUGGUGAUCACGUGCCCACUGGAGCCACUUCUUCUUGUUUUUAGCUGAUAGGAGUUGAACCCGGUGUGGUCAUCUGUUGCAAUAGCCCAUCCGUGACAAGGACCGACGAGUUUUGCGUUCCGAGAUGCCGUUCUGCACACCACUGUUGAACUGCGCCGUUAUUUGUCUGUUUGUGGCCCGCCUGUCAGCUUGCACGAUUCUUGCCAUUCUCCUUCAUCAUUGAGCCCAGGAGGUUGGAUAUUUCUGAGAUACUGGAACCAGUCUGCCUGGCACCGGCGAUCAUACCAUUCUCGAAGUCGCUUAACCCUCCCGUUGUCCUAGGGUCAAAAUGACCCGCCACUGUGUUGAACCAACUUUAUUUAUUUUUUAUUUUUUGGGGAUCAUUUGUGAGAAGGAGGCAGUGAGACUUUAAAGAAAGUAUCACUGCCUCCUUCUCACAAAUUAUCAAACAAAUAUAAAAAUGAAAUAAAGUUGGUUCAACACAGUGGCGGGUCAUUUUGACCCUAGGACAACGGGAGGGUUAAGUCACUAGUUUGGCCCAUUCUAACAUGCAAUGGAACAGUAACUGAAUGCCUCGAUGCCUGUCUGCCUGCUUUAUAUAGCAAGCCACGACCACGCGACUCACAGUCUGUAGGAGCUAACCAUUUUCAUGAACGGGGUGGUGUACUUAAUAAACUGUACCUAAUAAACUGGGAAUAAGUUUGAACAGAUUUCCAAAAUCAAUUGGAACUGCCUUGCUGGUGUUUUUACAGUAUUUUAUGUCCAUCAAUAAAAAAUUAUAAAAAAAGUUUUGGUCCAUUUGGGGGAACCCUGACCAAGACCCUACACACACCCUACUAUACUACACACUACACCCUAGACCCUACACACUACACCCUUUAUACUAAUACACGACACCCUAGACCCUACACACUACACCCUUUAUACUAAUACACUACACCCUAGACCCUACACACUACACCCUUUAUACUAAUACACUACACCCUAGACCCUAUACACUACACACUACUAUACUAAUACACUACACCCUAGACCCUACACACUACACCCUUUAUACUAAUACACUACACCCUAGACCCUACACACUACACCCUUUAUACUAAUACACUACACCCUAGACCCUACACCCUACACCCUUUAUACUAAUACACUACACCCUAGACCCUACACACUACACCCUAGACCCUACACACUACACCCUACACACUACACACUACACCCUAGACCCUACACACUACACCCUUUAUACUAAUACACUACACCCUAGACCCUACACACUACACACUACUAUACUAAUACACUACAAACCCCAGACCCUACACACUACACCCUUUAUACUAAACACUACACCCUAGACCCUACACACACACCUUUAUACUAAUACACUACACCCUAGACCCUACACCCUACACCCUUUAUACUAAUACACUACACCCUAGACCCUACACACUACACCCUAGACCCUACACACUACACCCUUUAUACUAAUACACUACACCCUAGACCCUACACACUACACACUACACCCUAGACCCUACACACUACACCCUUUAUACUAAUACACUACACCCUAGACCCUACACACUACACCCUUUAUACUAAUACCACUACACCCUAGACCCCACACACUACACACUAGACCCUACACACACCCAAAAACACCCUACACACUACACCCUAGACCCUACACACUACACCUUUAUACUAAUACACUACACCCUAGACCCCACACACUAACAACCCUUUAUACUAAUACACUACACCCCUAGACCCUACACACUACACCCCCUUUUUACUAAUACACUACACCACCCUACACACUACACCCUUUAUACUAAUACACUACCACCCUAGACCCUACACCACUACACCCUUUAUACUAAUACACUACACCCUAGACCUACACACUACACCCUUUAUACUAAUACACUACACCCUAGACCCUACACCCUACACCCCUUUAUACUAAUACACAACACCCUAGACCCUAACACACCAACCCCACCACCCUUUAUACUAAUACACUACACCCUAGACCCUACACACUACACCCUUUAUACUAAUACACUACAAACCCCACCCUACACACUACACCCUUUAUACUAAUACACACACCUAGACCCUACACACUACACCCUACUAUACUAAUACACUACACCCUAGACCCUACACACACCCCAUAAACACCCACUAACCUAAUACACACAACACCCUAGACCCUACAACACAACCUAUACUAUACACUACACCCAUACCCUACACACUACACCCUUUAUACUAUACACUACACCCUAGCUACACACCCUUAUACUAAUACACUACUACCCUACAUACACCUACUAAUACUCCCCACCCCAACACUACACCCUUACUACUAUACUACACACCUACUAUACUACAUACACUACACCCUAGAUCCCUACACACUUUUAUAUUUAAUCCUAGAUCUACACCUUACCUUUAACUAAUAACUCACUUGAACCCUAAAAAUCCCUUUUUCAAAGAGCCCUGACCCACACACUACACACCAAUUUACAAUACAUUACACCAGACACACAUACAAACUACAAUUUAUACUAUACAAAACCUCAUGAAUCACAGACUAAACAAUUUUUCAAAAACACCUAACCCUAAAAACAUUGACAGGUCAGGAACACCCUCAAAAUCCUCCAUCAGAGCUUUAAAAACCACAAUCACCCAGUCUCCAGUUUAACAUAUUUUGUAAGGUUCCAAGACUGGCGCACACACUACAACUAAAACUUAUACCAAAUUACAGUCGCAUCCUAACAGUCUACAGGUACUUUAACACUACACCCUAACUACAUACUACACACUAUAUACUACACACACUACCCCUAACCCUACAAAACUACACCACUACUAUACUACACACUACACCCUAGACCCUACACACUACACACUACUAUACUACACACUACACCCUAGACCCUACACACUACACACUACUAUACUACACACUACACCCUAGACCCUACACCCUACAUACUACUAUACUACACACUACACCCUAACCCUACACACUACUAUACUACACCCUAGACCCUACACACUACACACUACUAUACUACACACUACACCCUAGACCCUACACACUACUAUACUACACCCUAGACCUUACACACUACACACUACUAUACUACACACUACACCCUAGACCCUACACACUACACAUAUUACUACACACUACAACCCUACACUACACACACUACUAUACUACACACUACAACCCUAGACCCUACACACUACACACUACUAUACCACACAACCUACACCCUACACACCACUACCACACUAAAUACACACACCACACCCUAGACCCUACACACUACACACUACUAUACUACACACUACACCCUAGACCCUACACACUACACACUACUAUACUACAAAACACACCCUAGACACUCAACUACCACUACUAUAAUACACACUACACCUAUACACUCACACUACUAUACUACACACUACAACCUAGACCCUACACACUAACUACUAUACUAACACUAAACAGACCAGGUUUUUCAACUCAGGUCCGGGGGCCGAAAAACCCUGUUCUAAUCCCCUACCUACCCUAUCCCCUAAAUUUGACUACACCAGGUAGUGCAAUUAACUACCAGGUAGAAAUAAAAAACAGAAGUGUUUUGGCCCUCCAGGACCGGAAUUGAAGAACCCUGCCCUAGACCCUAGUCCCUACAUACUACUACCACCCUAUCCACUACCUCCUACACACUACUGUAGACAAGUUAAUGAAGGAGUAAGAAAUGCUCAGGCUAUCAGACCAAUCCUGCUUGUGUCUAUCUAAUAACUCAUUAAUGUUUUCUUAUUAUUAAUGAUAACUCGGGUUGUGUGUGUGUGUGUGUGUGUGUGUGUGUGUGUGUGUGUGUGUAUAUAGGUGCAGGACUUUGGGCUACAGCACCUGUUUGGCAUGAGGAGUCUGCGUCUUCUCUCUCUCGCAGGUACUCUCUCUCUCUCUCUCUCUCUCUCUAUGCUUCCUCUCUCUCUUCUCUCUCUGCUUCCUCUCUCUCUCUCUCUCGCUCUCUCUCUCUCUCUCUCUCUCUAUGCUUCCUCUCUCUCUCUCUCUCUCUGCUUCCUCUCUCUCUCUCUCGCUCUCUCUGUCUCUCUCUCUCUCUCUCUGCUUCCUCUCUCUCUCUCGCUCUCUCUGUCUCUCGCUCUCUCUGUCUCUCUCUGUCUCUCUAUGUCUCUCUCUCUCUCUCUGUCUCUCUAUGUCUCUCUCUCAAUUCAAUUCAGUAGACUUUAUUGACAAGGCAAGUUUAAUUACUUACAUUGUCAAUGUAUACAUAUAACAAAACAUUGCAUGAAAGCCAAAACAAAACUAAAUGGGAAAUAUUAUUGACAUUAUGUGUCACUUUUCACUGGCCGUCCCUCAGGAGGACACAUGUUUGGCUUUUCACCCAAUAAAUAUUAGAUUUGUUCUUCAUCUUUCUUCAUCUUCAUAUUUCAAAUUCUUUGUACUGAAUGAUCAUUUUGGGAAAUAAAUAUUAUCUUAGGUCUGAGUAUUUGUCACAGUGUAAUAGGAAAUGCAGCUCUGUCUCUACCUCUCCCCUGGAGCAGAGUGAGCACAGCCUGUCCUCUCUGGGUAGCCAGGUUUGCCUGUGACAACCGGUCUCUAUAGCCAGACUGUGCUCACUAAGUCUGUACAUAGUCAGUGUUUUCCUCAGUUUUCUAUCAAUCACAGUUGUCAGAUAGUCUCCCACCAUGUACUGUCUGUUUAGAGCCAAAUAGCAUUGAAGUUUAAUUUGAUUUUCUGUUGUGUCUUUCCAAUAGGUGAUAUAUUUUUCUUUUUGCUUUGUGAUGAUUUGGUUGGGCCAGAUCUUCUGAGUGCUGUCCUGAGGCUCUAUGACGUUGGUUUGGGUUAGUGAACUGAGCCUCAGAACCAGCUGGAUGAGGAGACUAUUCUCUUGUUUCAUCUCUUGACAUUGUAGGGCUGUGUGAUUAAAUGUUUUGGGGUCACUUGUUUUUAGAUGGUUGUAAAAUUUGAUGGCUAUUUUUCUAUUCGAAUAAGGAGGGGAUAUUGGCCCAAUUCUGCUCUACAUGCGUUAUUUUGAGUUUUUCUUUGCACUUGCAAUACAGUCUUGCAAAACUCUGCAUGCAGAUUGGAUGUUUGUCCCAUUUGGUGAAUUCAUUAUUAGAGAGCGGACCCCAUACUCCGCUGCCAUAUAGAGCAAUUGGUUCUAUAACUGAUUGGAACAUUUUGAGCCAGAUUCUAAUUGGAAUUUUGAUUUUAAUGUUCCUUUUAAUGGCAUAGAAUCUUCUUGCUUUGUCUCUCAGCUCGUUCACAGCCAUGUGAAAGCUACGUGUUGCUGAUAUUUAGUCCUAGAUACGUGUAGUUUUUGGUGUGUUCUAAUAGAACUGUGUUCAAAUAGAAUUUAUAUUUGUGAUCCUGAUUUCCGGACCUCUUUUGGAAUAUCAUUAUAUAUAUAUAUAUAUUUUAUUUUUUUUUUAAUUUUUAAAAAAAAAUUUUUUUACUGUCAGAGACCAGGUCUCUCUCUCUCUCUCUCUCUCUCUCUCUCUCGCUCUCUCUCUCUCUCGCUCUGUCUCUCUGCUUCUCUCUCUCUGUCUUCGCUUUGUCAUUAUGGGGUAUUGUGUGUAGAUUGAGGACAUUUUUUUAUUUCAUCCAUUUUAGAAUAAGGCUGUAACGUAACAUAAUGUGGAAAAAGUCAAGGGGUCUGAAGACUUUCCGAAUGCACUCACAGGAACUACCGGGAUUUGGUUUUAUCAACAUCACACACUCGUUUCUCAGCUCACUCACUCGUUCCCUCUCAUGUCCUCUCUUCCUGUCUUCUAUAAUCCCUCCAUUCUGAAGGUAGAUAGUCUAAACUGGGACAUAGAUAAUCCAUGACACAGGACCUCCUUCUGAUCCAUACUGAGCAUAGGAAACUUCCAAAGAAGCAACACACACACCCUCACUCUCUUCCUCUCCCUGGCUGGGUAAAUCUACAUGGUAUUCUAUAUGAGGAGAGAGUUCAGUACAUCAUCUCUGACUAGAGGCUACAGUACAUUAUAAUGUGAGAGGAGAGGAAGCAUUCUGUAGACUAUUGAGAACCACUCAUACACAGAGGGGGUGCUUCCUGAUAAUAUCUCCUUUCUCCUGAAGUGUACAGUCGUUGACUACUUCCCACUAAUCUGAAAACAUUGGAUUGGUGGAGACAUGGGCUAGUGGGAGUUUCCACCAUAUUUUUUAUACCAGUCAUUUCCUUUCAAAUCAGUGAAGGGAAGUGAAGAAGUGCAUCUUUUAAAAGGAAGGAGUGAUAAUUGGGCCAUAACCAUGUGGAGAAUCUUAAUUGCAUUUCCUUGAUUCCUCGCGUCCUCCCUCCAGAACCCAGUGGAUGAGAAGGUUCAUCCCCUCUGUACCUUCUCAUCCAAAGGGUUUUGAGAAGGAGAGGAGAGAGGAAUCAAUGACAUACAAUUAAGAUGCACCCAUGGACUUCCUGUGUCCUCUGUCCUUUCUGUCUCUGCACCACUCCUCCCCCUGCUGGCCAACUCUGGUAUCUCAGGACAGGUUUUUAUUCAGAUUGAAUGGAGUGUUUGGAUCGCUAUAGGUAGAAAUAUAAUGGAUAUAAUGAUAUAAUGAUAGAAUGUAUAUAAUGAUUAGAUCAGAUAGAAUGAUAGAAUGAUUAGAAUGGAUAGAAUGAUAGAAUGAUAGAAUGAUUGAACAACCAUCUACUAUGUGAGUCUGACUUGUGUUUCGCUGAUGCGCUGAGAACGAGACGAGCUGGUCGAAGAGAAGAGAGAGAGAGAGCGAGAGAGAGGGAUCGAGUCUAGAUGUCUCUCUCUCUCUCGAAUCUCUGCUCUCUCUUCUCGCUCAUCCUGCCUCUAAUAUAUAACAUCUAGCAAUCUCCCUCUCUCACCCUCUCAGUCGCUCUUCUCUCUGGCCUCUAUCUCUCUGCCUCUCUCUCUCUCUCUCUUUCUCUCUCUCUCUCUCUCUCUCUCUCUCUCUCUCUCUCUCUCUCUCUCUCGCUCUCUCUCUCUCUCUCUCUCUCUCUCUCUCUCUCUAUCCCUCUCUCUCCACCCUUCCCCCAGGUUGUCCACUCCUGACCACUACAGGUCUAUCUGGUUUGAUCCAGAUCCAGGAUCUAGAGGAGUUAGAGCUGACCAACUGUCCUGGAGCCACAGCUGAACUCUUCAAGUACUACUCGCAACACCUGCCACGCUGCAUGGUCAUCGAGUAG